AUGCAAGACAAUGCAUUAAGAGAUGCGCCGGUAAUAAGGCAUGAGCAGAGUCUGAUGCAAGAAAGGACUCCCCCUAUAGUUCGGACGCCUCAAUUCCAACGAAGGGAUAACAUGUCACCCAGUGCAAGAACCGAUGAUAAUGCCUCUUUGAAUGAUGAUCUACUAAGUGUAAAUAGUAGUACUAACAGAACAGAAAGAAGCCGAUUUCCAUCGGGAAGACCGAGCAUGGAUAGCAUGUCCUUUCGACAAAGCUUCGAAUCGUCAUCAGUGUGGGGAAGACAGGGCAAACUCUAUGCUCUGGGAAGUGAGGCUCAUAGCGGAAGCAUGGAUUUCUCACCACUUGGAAACAAUUCAAUUUAUGAAAUUGUUAUGAAUACAAGACGGAAAAAUUGGCUACGGCGACCCACGACUGAAGAUAUUCCGCCCGUGAUCCUGAGCAAGAAUGAGCUCGAAAAUGACUGGAAGAAUAAGAUCGGAGACUAUGUGAAUACCAUUCAACAAGAUUACGCGGUUUUUGAACGCAUGAACGAUCUCAAACACGCAAAUGGCCUAGGGCCUUUAAAUUUAACUCACCUUGACAGUUAUGAGCUUUCUCAUUCACCUGGUGAGCUUGAAGAGGUGGACAAUUUUUUGAUGAAGGAAAAAGUUGGGACAUUAAUGAGCAUUCCUGAAUUUUAUUUCGAAGAAGAUUUCAAAUUGGAUGAUCCUCGCACAUUUAGGAAGGUUUUGGACGAUAUCGAUUUGCACUUGGAUUCCGUUGACGAGGAUUCUACAUUCCAAAGAAGCGAAGCAUAUCAAGAGCUGAACGAAAGGCUGAACGCAUAUCUUGAUACAAUAGAAACACUACUUGUUACCGAAAUAUCUAAGUCUUCUCACAAAUUUUUUGAUGCUUUGGAAGAUGUUGAUAAAAUAGAGGAAAAAGCCUUACAAACUGUGAACAAACUGGACCAGGUGUCGAAAUAUAUGCAAGAAUAUGACCAGAAGUAUAUUUUAUUCCGUAUACAAGUCUUGCGUAAGAUGAUAAAACGGAAGAACUUGGAAAAAUUGGAACAAGGACUUUUGCAGGUUAAAAAAGUAGUCCAGUUGACGAAUGAAAUGAGGGAUCUCUACAAUAAUGGCAAUCUCAACGAUGCACUUGAUAUGAUAGACUUUAUUGAUCAUCUAAUAAAGGGUGAUGACACUAAUGACAAGAAGGUUCAAGAGAUUACAAGAGAAUGGCCCUAUAAAUUACUGGAUUUAAGGUCCGUCCCCGCUUUAGCAAGUACGAGGGAAUUCUUGACGAAUGUUGCAAUUGAAAUUGGUGGUACUUAUUCGAAGCAAAUGUGUGACAUCCUUAUCGAGGAUAUUAGAAUGCACUGUGACUCUGUGUCUUUGAAUGAAACAUUGGAAAGGUUGCAGUCAGGUAAAACUGAUAAACGGAAGGACAAAGAAUCAGACUUCACUUUCAUUGAAAAGAUUGAGGAACUCAUUUCAAAACUUAUCAAAUGCGAGGAACUGGCAAGUGCCUUCAAACUCUACGAAGAUCAGUUUAUUGUGGAGCUGAAGAACAUAAUCAAGGAAUAUUUACCGAAAGAACCAGAAAAUGAAGAGACAGCGGAUAGGUCCAUGGAAUUGAGGUCAGCAGCAACUGGAUCCAAGCUUUCUCGCUUAAUCAAAGCUCAAACUCCCGUCGAAUUCCAGGAAAUGCUUGUGAACAUUUUCACACGCGAAAGUGACGCGUUAAGGCGCUUAGGGAAGCAUCAAAAGGUCUUAUUGGAUAUAGCACUAAAAUUGAUAUCCACUCAAUCUUCGGACAAUGCAGAGAACAGUCAUAACAUGAUAAUGCAACUAGAUAUUCGCUCUGGAAUUAACGAAGGAAUACGAACUAUACAACUACGAAUGGGGAAGAUCAUUUCAGUUAGGCGCGACAUUACUGCCAAACUUAGAUUCGAUCAUUUUCUGAGAUUCUACAGCAUUUGCGUCUCAUUUAUACGUGAGUGCGAAUACAUUACAGGAGAGGUUUUAACAGCGUACUUGGUGGAUGUUCUGACUAUGCAGAUCAAAAACUACGCUACAUCCCUUAAGGCAGUCAGCCUCGGAACAAUGAAGGUUACAAUCGAGCAAGAGAUGUGGGUUCCGUACAUCGUGGGAAGCGAGUUGCAGCAUGAGGUCAAUGACAUCGUUUCAUGCAUAGAUCUAGAUCCACUAGACUGGACAUCACUCAUGGACUUGACAAAACCACUCCAGCUUUCAGAGACUGACGGGAGUACCAAGGAAGAGCGUACUCAGAAGGGACACAAAAAAUCAGUAGUGGUCAGCGAUAAGACGUUUGUUGCCAGCAAUGCCCUACUGGUAACAAUCCAGAUCAUCCGCUCUAUCCUCGUUCUCUCAACAAACCUACCACCGCAUUUUCUACCCACAUUUGAAAAGAUGUGCCUUGACCUGCUCCGCUACUUUAACAGCCGCGCAAUGGCUUCUGUAUCUUCUCCAGCUGAUGGAAAUCCGACAUCAAAAGGGGGGAAGAAUUUAAGCAUCAUGGGCGAGUCACUCGACUGUCUAGCUGAGUUCGCAUCUUUGAUACAAGGUUUCUAUCAACGCAUGGGAAACAACUACAAAGACUUUACACCAUUCCCUUCUACUACGUACUCACAGCUGCUUCACCAGUUCCAGACAUCCUCUGACAAGCUUUAUCAAGCACACGCGCCGCCUCCACCUGUGUAA